AAAUGCUACUAUUUACAAUUUAAUUUUUAGCAUUUUUCCCAGCCCCGAUUCAUACCAGUUGAACUCCAUGCACCGCACAUGAAUGUCUCAAAUGGUUCCGACACGUAAACGCAUAGUGAUAAUUAUUUGCAUAGUCGUCAUACUCGGCUGUUUGCUACGAAUUUUACUUUUCAAUUCACCUCUGCCACCGUUAACGGACCAGACAAAUUAUCAACGGGCCAUUGGAGCGCCCGUGCUAGUCAUGGUGUUCUAUGAGGCUCUAUGUCCAGACUCAAAAUACUUUAUUACAAAGCAGCUACUCACAGCGUACGAGGUUGCUGCACCAAUAAUGGAGGUAAUGCUUGUACCCUAUGGCAAGGCGACAACAAGUGAAAGCGGUGGAAAAUUAAGUUUUGAUUGCCAACAUGGUCCGACAGAAUGUCAGGCAAAUAUCUAUCACGCCUGUGCGGCUGAAGCAAUUGAAGAUCCACUCGUACGGUUACAGGUUGUAUCCUGUAUGAUUCGUGAUAAUCGUUUACCUCAAGAGGCAAUGCGAAAGUGUGUGAAACAGUAUAGUGAAAACAUUGAUCUCAUACAAAAAUGUUAUGACAGCGACCAUGGCUUGGAGCUGAUGAAACAUAAUGGAGAAGCCACACAUUCCCUCAGGCCACAAGUAACGUUCAUUCCAACUAUCACAAUAGAUGGUUCCCAGGGUAGACAAGCGUCAAUUCUAAAAAAUUUGCUCUCUGAAGUAUGUAAGGCAGCCGGUGACACAGAUCAAGCUAAGGCAAUUUGCAAAAACGCUAUGUAGGGCCGGCCGCACACAUUUCCAGCACACA